AAAGCUGAAAAGAGCACGCCACAACAAUGGCCAGAGGUUUGAAGAAGCACUUGAAGAGGCUCAAUGCCCCGAAGCAUUGGAUGCUUGACAAACUAGGCGGUGCCUUUGCACCAAAGCCAUCUUCUGGGCCCCACAAGUCAAGGGAGUGCUUGCCACUUAUCCUUAUCCUGCGUAACAGGUUGAAGUAUGCUCUCACCUAUAGAGAAGUUAUUGCCAUCUUGAUGCAGCGCCAUGUUGAGGUUGAUGGCAAGGUUAGGACAGACAAGACAUAUCCAGCUGGUUUCAUGGAUGUUGUCUCCAUUCCGAAGACCAAUGAAAACUUCCGUCUUCUUUAUGAUACAAAAGGACGUUUCCGACUGCAAUCUAUCAGGGAUGAAGAAGCAAAGUUCAAGCUUUGCAAGGUUAGAUCUGUGCAAUUUGGACAGAAGGGCAUCCCUUGUCUCAACACCUAUGAUGGGCGCACCAUCCGUUAUCCUGAUCCAUUAAUCAGGGCAAAUGACACCAUCAAACUAGACUUGGAAACUAACAAGAUCACUGACUUCAUCAAGUUUGAUGUGGGUAACGUGGUCAUGGUGACUGGAGGAAGGAACAGAGGCCGUGUUGGCGUUAUCAAGAACAGGGAGAAGCAUAAGGGAAGUUUUGAGACCAUCCACGUUCAGGAUGCAACUGGUCAUGAAUUUGCCACUCGUAUGGGAAAUGUGUUCACGAUUGGCAAAGGUACAAAACCAUGGGUUUCUCUUCCCAAAGGCCGUGGUAUCAAGUUAUCUAUUAUUGAGGAGGCUAGAAAGAGGCUGGCUGCUCAACAUGAGGCAACUGCAUAAACUUGAUUACAUCAUGUUGUUGGACAACGUAGCUAUUAGAUUGUCUUUAAGGACAGCUCUGAUGCUGUGUUUAAGAAUACUUUAAUUUACAAGGCACCAAAACAAUUUUGAUUUUUGAAUUAGCGUUUAUGUGAUCUUCUGAGUGACAUGUUCUUUGUUUAAGCGCUCUCUCAUAUUGCGUUACAAGGCUUUGGCUGUUUGGAUGGUUUUUGUGAACUUUUUAUGUCAUGACAGAAGUAGGGGUUUUUAUCAGAAUGGUUUGUUUA